AUGAGUCAACCAAAAAAAGAUGUAUCAGCUUUGGUAUUAGUUAGUUUCGUACACUCAGAAGGAACAUCGGAUGUCAUCACUAUAACAGCCUCUAAUGUUCAAUUACUAAAAGAUAACAACUACUUGGUAGAGUUCUUUACUCCAUGGUGUGGAUUCUGUAAGAAGUUGGCACCAAUCUAUGAGGAAUUGGCUACCAAAGUAAAAGGUAAACAUAAUAUUGCCAAAGUAGAUUGUACUACAGACCAAGAUAUCUGUCAACAAUUCCAAGUUGCAGGUUAUCCAACUAUCAAAUAUGUAUCACAAGGUCAAGUAUAUGAAUAUCAAGGAGCAAGAGAGGUUGAAGAUUUCGAAAAGUUCUUGGAUGGAGGAUAUCAAUCGGCAAAGAAAACACCAUUCCCAGGUGGAAAGACAGGUGAUUCAUCUGUUUUAGAGUUGGACUCUGUCAACUUUGCUGAGGUCAACAACGGACAAAAGUGGUUCAUCGUCUUCUACGCUCCAUGGUGUGGAUUCUGUAAGAAGUACAUGCCAGGUUUCGAAAAGGUCUCUUCACAAUUCGCCGGAAACGUCAGAUUUGGAAAGAUCAAUUGUGAUGAACACAAGAGUAUCUGUGAACUCUACAACAUUCCAGGUUAUCCAACUUUCAAAUAUUUCGAAUCAGAUGGAUAUCGUGAUUUCGCAGUUGAACCAUCGGAGAAUAACAUUGUACAGUAUCUUCAAUCAGGAUAUAGCCAACAACAACUCAAGUCAAGACCAUGGCACCCAAUCUUUAGAAUGGUUCAUGCCGCUAUCCUCGAGUUUGUCUACUUGUUCCUUGGUGUCGCCUUCCUUUUGGGUCUAGCAUUGGGUUACGCAUUCUUUGCACCAUCUGCAAUAUUCCCACCCACCGCUGACUCUGCACAACAAGUAAAUAGCUACGCUCAACCACACCCAACCAAAGCUGAAAAAGCCGACUAA